GUUUAUAUAAGAUAAACCUCAUCGAUAUCUACAUUCAGUUUCCUAUAAAUUUGGAGUGUUUGCUCCACUUUCAUAACCUACCUCUUUAGCUUCAAACUUUGAGCUAGACAGAGUUCUCUUUACUACCCCCAAUUAAAACUUCUACUGCCAUUCAGCAAAAAAAUAUACAAGAUAUGGAAGGCGCAUAUUCGACCAACUCUCGAGCACAAAACGCUAUCCUAAUAAUACUUCUCUACACGGCUUCCUCCAUCAGUUUCAUCUCAGCCCUCAAGAAAACAAACGUCGAAUUCAUCAGAUCAUCAUGCAGUUUGACGGCUUACCCUACACUCUGCUUCAACUCACUGUCAACUCAAGCAGGUGCAAUCCAAACAAGCCCUAAGCUACUAGCGCAAACAGCUCUAUCUGUCACCCUUGACACCACCCGCUCCACCUCCUCAGCAAUGGUAAAAUUGUCACAAGUGCAUGGCAUGAUUCCUCGAGAGGUUGCGGCCAUGAAAGACUGCAUUGAGAUGCUAAGUGACUCUGUUUACGAGUUGAAUAGAUCACUCAAGGAGAUGAAUCGACCGGGUUCUAAGGAUUCCGGGCUAGUGAUCAACGACAUACAAACAUGGGUCAGUUCCGCAAUGACAGAUGAAGACACAUGCUCUGAAGGAUUUGUGAAUGACCCAAAAAUGAAAAGUGUGGUCAGAGGAAAGAUUGUGAAUGUUGCACACUUGACCAGUAAUGCUUUGGCUUUGAUCAACAGUUAUGCUAGCUUCUCUAAGCAUGAAAUUCAGAGAAAUUAGAGCUAUAAUGGUAGGAUGUAUUUCAGGAAUCAUAAAACAAGGCAGCUGAAAGGAAACAUGAACUGAAGCAGCUAAACUUCAAGCACAUAAGCAGAAGUUAUAGCUCAAUUUUUUUAUUUUAAUUCCCUUGUAACAAUGUGUGAAUUAUGGCAAAUUAUUGCUAGCCUAGUUUCAAAUGCAAUGUACUAUUGAGUAAGCAUAUGAUCAUGUCUCCUAUUGCUUUCAUACUUUAUGUAAACUGGAAAUCUAAAAUGAAAAGGAAGUUGUUUAAGAA